AUGACAGCGCAAGCGCCCGAGGCACCGCCCGUCCCGGAAGUUGACAUUCUCUUCCUCGGCAGCCCCGGCGUAGGCAAAGCCACCUUCCUGUCACAGCUGGAACACAUCCGCGACGGCAAGCUCGAUCAGUCUUCGCCAAAAAGGCGAGUCUUCGCCCCCGUCGGGCCCGUGACCUUCGACGUCACUUUAUUUCGGCGUCCGUACCUGUUCCGCAUCCAUCCCUCGACGUCGCCGCUGUUCAUCGACCCGUUUCCCGCCGUCCCGGCCUUCGCCAUCAUCGCCUUCUCCAUCUCGUCCCGUGAGUCGCUGCACAACGCCCAGCAUUAUUGGCGCAAGCAGCUGUCUCUGCAUUACCAUGACGUCGAACACGACAUGCCCGUCAUGCUGCUGGGUCUGAAGCGGGACGAGCGCACCGAGCAGAGGCGCGAAGACGGGUCCUUCGAGUGUGUCAUGCCACAGGAAGGGCUGCGCGCCGCCCAGGAGAUGCACUGUGAUCGCUAUGCAGAGUGUAGUGCCUUGACAGGCGAGUUAAUGUGGGAGGUCCUUGAAGACAUUACCCGCACUGCAGCGAGGACGACGACCGAAGGUGGUGGGUUGAGUCGGGCCAAUAGUUGUUCUGUGAUGUGA